UGGAGGAGCAGAAGUACAGACAGCUUGGUUAGAUAAUUAUCUUGAAUGUGUGUGUGUGUUGGUGGGGGGGGAGUGGCACACUAUUUAGAGACGCAUGAGAGAAAACAUCCCACGGUGAGGAGGAACAAGAGAGAGUGGCAGUGCAGGGUUGAGGCUGUAUCCCAGGCACCAUGGCGUAUGCGUUAUACUGGACGAGUCUUCAAGAAGAAGCAGCUGCUUCCCACCGUGAGGUCCAUCAGAGUAGCGCACCCUCAGCCUACUAUCCCACUGUGAGGUCCUACUUUGGCAAGUCGCAGCCCGGCCAGGCCACACCCAAACCGGCAGCUCAGGGCUCCACCGCGAAGCCUGCACAGUUCGAGAAGGCAUCAUCAGGACCCACCAUGGCUACAAAGCCUGGGGUGGUUACCACAGCAACAGGCGGAGCCACGGGAAGUGGCGUGGCAGCAGGAGGAAGCGUUUCAGUUGGGACAGCAGGAAAAGGGGCACCUCAAGCCAAACCUGAGACUAACACUUCGCCGGCGGGUGCUACUGUUAUUGACAUGUCGUCCGCUGGGGGCUCUGUUGUUGACAUGACAUCAGCUGGGUCGAGGGGCGGUCCUAAAGAGAUGUCAAAGACUGCACCUGUCUCCCAAGUACAAGCCCCAGCUUCAGUUCCUUCACCAGCCGCUGGAGCUCCUGCAGCUCUGAGCAAACACAAAGACCCACCCAAAGACACAGCCAAGAGUGCCACUGCCAUCACAGCACUCAAAGCUGAUGUGUCUAAAGUUGAUCCUGUUAAAACAUCAAAGCCAGCUGCACAAACGAAGGUUCAGGUGGAGGUUCCUUCCACAGCAGCUAAGGGAGCCAAAGAGGCACCUGCACCAGAUCCAUUCGACGCCCUGGCCAGCAUACUGCCAUCAGCUGAUGCAAUCGCACCCAAACAGCCUGUAUACACCGGGCCCGAGGUCAAAGAGCAUGGAGUUGCGUCCGAGGAGGCUGCGAAGUGUGGAGAGAGAGACGACACGCUGCCUCCAGACUACAGAUUUGACAAUCUGGCUCCAGUUCCUGCAGAUGUUAAACCCAAGGAUGUUCCUAAACCACUGAGCGCGGACGAGGCCCUGGAUUCUCUCUCAGCUGGUUUCAUGUCUGCACAGAAGCAUGAGACAAAGGAGCGUGUAGAAAGCGUCUGUGCCUCAUCUGCUGGCCCCGCAAACUUUGCACCACCUCCUGUGAAGGAAUCUCAAACCCCUGCAGCUGUUCCCCCUGCCGAUAAAAAAGCCAAGAUGGAGAAAGUCGCGGAUGAAUUCUCUCUGGAGGCUGGACUCCCCUCUGCUCCGUCAAAGAGCAAGGCUGUUCCCCCUGUGGCUGUGUGUCCUCCUGCUGAUAAAAAAGCCAAGAUGGAGAAAGAUGCCAUAGCAGACACCAAGCCGAAGACUGACGAUGGUGUAGCUCUGUCUCUGGACGCUCUCAGUGCUCUUGGUGACACGUUGGCAGCCGACAAACCCAAACCUGAACUCCCCAAACUCAGACCUGAAGACAUGGUGUCGGAGGACAAGUUGAACAAGGAGAAAGGUGUGCUUGUAGGAGAGAGGGAAGACACGCUUCCUCCAGACUACAGGUUCAAAGAGGACGAACUGAAGAAACUGCCUCCUCCCAAACCUGAGCCCACCAUGGGCACUGGUGAGGCUCUGGACAUCUUGUCUGGAGACUUCAUGACCUCCUCUGCAGCUCCUUCUGUCCAGGCUCCUGUUGUCACCCCCUCAGCUCCUCCUGCACAGAAAGCCCCUGCAGCUCCUGGUGACAAAAAAUCCACGGUGGACAAAGUCUCCGAUGGCUUCUCCCUGGAGUCUGUCCUUUCUUCUUCUACUGCCAAGAAAGUUGAAUCCUCUGCGGUCCCUCCUGUGGCUGUGUGUGCUCGUCCUGCUGAUAAAAACACCAAAGUGGAGACAACUGCUGCUGGAAAGCCCCAGACUGGCCUGGAUGACUCUUUGUCUCUGGACGCUCUCAGUGCUCUUGGUGACACGUUGGCAGCCGACAAACCCAAACCUGAGCUCCCCAAACUCAGACCUGAAGACAUGGUGUCGGAGGACAAGUUAAACAAGGAGAAAGGCGUGCUUGUAGGAGAGAGGGAAGACACGCUUCCUCCGGACUACAGGUUCAAAGAGGACGAACUGAAGAAACUGCCUCCUCCCAAACCUGAGCCCACCAUGGGCACUGGUGAGGCUCUGGACAUCUUGUCUGGAGACUUCAUGACCUCCUCUGCAGCUCCUUCUGUCCAGGCUCCUGUUGUCACCCCCUCAGCUCCUCCUGCUCAGACCAAAGUGGAGGAUUUGUCAGCUCUGGAUGUACUUUCUGGAGAUUUUGUCUCUCAGACUAAAGCCUCUGGAGUUCAGGCACCUGCCCCUCCUGCUGCCAAGAAGACACCAGAGAAAGCGGUCUGUCCUCUGGAGCAGUCCGACUCAGUUGAUGCACAACCACGACAAGCACAGCCCAAGACUGAGAAGGACGACUCUAUGUCUCUGGAUGCUCUCAGUGCUCUUGGUGACACGUUGGCAGCGGACAAACCAAAACCUGAACUCCCCAAACUCAAACCUGAGGACAUGGUGUCGGAGGACAAAUUGAACAAGGAGAAAGGCGUGCUUGUAGGAGAGAGGGAAGACACGCUUCCUCCAGACUACAGGUUCAAAGAGGACGAACUCAAAAAGCUGCCUGCUCCCAAACCUGAGCCCACCAUGGGCACUGGUGAGGCUCUGGACAUCUUGUCUGGAGACUUCAUGACCUCCUCUGCAGCUCCUUCUGUCCAGGCUCCUGUUGUCACCCCCUCAGCUCCUCCUGCACAGUCCUCUGCAGACUUUGCUCUGGACGCCUUGGCAGGAGACUUUGUUGCCGCCACCGCUGCUCCGGCAGUGAAGUCUGCAUGCGGUCCCGCAGCAACUGCCCCGCAGCUGCUGGCGGGAGCAGACAACGCCCUGGACGCUCUGUCAGACACCUUGAAGGAUAUCGCACCCGCACCUCAGCCCGCCCCGGUUCCCGACAAAGACAUCGUAAAGGAGAAAAAGGCCGUUGAAGAGAAGCUGAUAAAGAUGGGAGAGAGAGACGACACGCUGCCACCAGAGUAUCGACCCACUGAGGAAGAUCUUAAGAAAAUGGCAGAAGCAAAGGCAAAAGCAGCUGCAGCACCCAAGAAGGAGACUAUGGAUGAUAAGACAGCAUUGGACCUGCUGUCAGGAGACUUUGAUGCUGCUCUCAAGCCCGCUGCAUCAUCUGCAGCCACAACAAAGCUGGAACCUCCUGUGCUGGACUCAGAGCCACUGAAGCCAAUGGCCGGUCCUGUCCUGGACUCCCUGGCAGGCACGCUGCUCCCAGAUGCCCCAGAGUUCAAAUCUAAGACCGACAAACCAAAGGGCAAGAGCAAGUCAAAGUCAAAGUCUAAAAAACACCACGCAGAGGAACCGUCUGCCACCGACCAGCUAUCCGCUCAGCUAAGCUCAGACGUCGUGCCAGCAUCUGUAAAGAAGGGAGGCAAGAGCUAGACCACUCGGUUGUCGGUGCAAUUUGUCCUCCCGGCCACAGGGACGCAUCAGCGUGGGGGCUGCCCUCUGGAUAUUGAUUCUAUUUUUGUAAAACGUCAAGAAUGUAUACUGGAUGAAAGACAAGCCUACACAUACCAAUCACACACACACACACACACACACACACACACACACACACAGCUCCACGUGCAGCGCCUUUUUGCUCGGUUUCACAUGUUUCUGUCUAUGGAGAGGAUGAAAGUAAGAAGGGGAAACUGCGGGGAAAGAGGAAUUGAAGACAGGUUUGUUGGCUGGUGUGUUGAGCGUGCUGAAGGAAGGAAGGCGCUGCUCGUCAGAGUCCUGCAUGCACAUCUCAGCUGACAGUUUCUAUUCCCCCAAUAGCGCUCAGACCACAACACACUGCUUAUUUAAGCCUGGUGGUGUUCGUCGGUCAGAGAAGUGGUGACUGUCAGCUUGCCUGGGAGCAGUACAGAGCGGGUGUAUAGAAUCGGGAUGUUUGUGCAAUCUUGAUGUACACAGAAAAGCCAAGUUUUCUACCACGAUGCAGUCAGAUGCCUUUAAGACACUAGUGUACAGCUUAGUUUGCUUAUAUUUUGGACAAUACAUAGUUUACAUGAUAUGUGGAGAAUUUCCAGGAGGUGUUCAGCUUAAUUCUGUAUUCGAGAGCUUCUUGCAAAUGCCUUUUACUGUCUGCAGAGAAAUACCUGUCAAGAGAAGGGUCUGUAUGCCUUUGGCCGUGUCCGGAAGUGCACUUCGUGAACGGAGGUGGUUACAAGCUUUGUAAACUGCCCUUGUUUGUAUACUGUAAAAAAAAAAAGAUUUUUACUCUAUAUAAGACAACACUGUAUAAUUUAGAAAGGGCUUUUAACUGUAAAGUCAAAAAUCAAUAUACUUUCCCCGAGUUUUUUUUUUUCAUGUCAAAGGUUUUGUGUGGGUGUGAGUCAAAAGAUUUGAGAGAUAUUUUAGACGUGGGAAAACUAAAUAAAUGAAAUGUAAAAAUUA